GAUUAUAUUUCUGACUAUUUUAAGAUGUAAAGGAGUUGAGCAUUUUAUCCUGGAGCUUAUUGACAAUUUACCAGACAUGGAGAUGAGAAUUAAUGUCAGGGACUAUCCACAGGUCCCAAAGUGGUCCAGUCCUCUGCCUGUUUUCUCAUUUAGUAAGACAAGCAAUGAGAAUGACAUCAUGUACCCAGCAUGGACAUUUUGGGAAGGGGGGCCAGCUGUGUGGCCAAUUUACCCCACAGGACUGGGGAGAUGGGAUCUAAUGAGAGAUGAAAUUGACAAAAAAGCCACUGAGUGGCCUUGGGAGAAAAAACAGGCAAAGGCAUUUUUUAGAGGAUCAAGGACUUCUGCUGAGAGGGAUCCUUUAGUACUUUUGUCUCGUGAGGACCCAAGUCUUGUGGAUGCACAGUACACUAAGAAUCAGGCCUGGAAGUCUGAUGCUGACACAUUACAUGCUCCACCCGCCAAAGAGAUCAAGCUCGAGGACCACUGUGAAUACAAAUACUUGUUCAACUUUCGUGGAGUAGCAGCCAGUUUUAGAUAUAAGCAUCUUUUUCUUUGCAAGUCUUUAGUUUUUCACGUAGGAGACGCAUGGCUUGAAUUCUUCUACCGAGCGCUGAAGCCCUGGGUACACUACAUACCAGUGCAAACAGAUCUUAACAAUGCCAGGGACCUUAUAGAAUUCGCCAAAGAAAAUGAUGAAGUUGCAAAAGGAAUGGCUGAAAGGGGAUAUCAAUUUAUAAAAGAUCAUUUACGAAUGAAAGAUGUGAAGUGUUACUGGAAAAAGUUGUUGAAGAAUUAUGCCAAACUGAUGCAGUGGAAACCUGAAAGAAACUCUAGAUUUCAACGAAUAACACCAUAGGAACAAUAACGAAUUUAAAUAACAAUCUUAGGAUGUAACCUUGUCUUGAAACUCCGAAAACUGCGAACGCCAGAAUUAUGCAUGGAAGUUUUGUGUUUCAAGGAAACCUCUCCUAGCUCGAGAUUUAAAUACUUUUCCGGCAGUGUUCUCUCGAUAUUUAAAGUGUCUUAGUUAUUUUAUACACCCGUUUGCAAGUGAUUGCUGAACUUUAUUGUGAUUGGUCAAGAAAACAAUUGACGUGUUAAUAUAUUUGUGCACGGUUUA